AUGGCCCGCCUGCGCGUAAGUGGCGGCGGGUCGCGCGGCGCACCAAAAGAUGAUGCACGCGCCAUCAAGACGCAUCUGUUUGAAAAAUUGGGGACGCACGCCGAAGAGUACUGGCAGCUGCUCGGUGCCCUGUGCACGGCGUCGAUCGAUCGGGCGGAAUUCCACCAUCGCGUAAAAAAGUGGAUGACACCAGCUUGUGUGCCCUUACAUAAUGCACUGGUGCUUAGCAUACUGGCUCAGGCAUGCUCAAAGUCGGCGACGUCUGCAUUCAGCGCAGGUGCCCGGUCAUUAACGAGCCCCAUUGAACCCCGUACUGCACUGCUAGAUGAGGCGGAUGAGGCAGCGGACGCCAUGGAACCAUCAGUAUAUGGGCAUGAUGGUCGCGGUCUGAAGCGUUUGCGACAUAUGUAUGCUGGACUCACAGAAGAGGAGCGCACGAGACUCGAUUCACUUGCCAAACAAAAUACUUCAUCUGCUCAUACAUCUGCUUCUAUCUGGGCCGGCGCGGGCGCCGAGCUGUUGGAGAAGAAGCGAAAAGAAGACGAAAAGCGCCGCGCUGUUGAAGAUCGAAGACGCACUCGUGAAGUGAAGACGGCCAUCGGCGCGUCGCAUUGGCGUCUGUCGGCCAUGCAAACGGCAGCUCAAACGGAGACGCUACGUUCGCGCUUGUCGACAACUAUGCAGGAGACUUUGAUUCGCAGCGUAUCGACGCCAUAUUGCACAGAAUCACAUUCUCUGCCAGAUGUGCACAGUUUACAGGACCGCAUGUCUCUAGCUGCUAUCGAAUCCGGCCUGUCUGGCGGCGUGCAUGCUCAGGCAGCAGCAGUCGCUCUCAGCGCACUGCAGGACUACUUACAAAAUAUUCUCCGUCGCAUUUUCAUGCAUACGCGUGCUAGGCAGAAAAACACAGCUCGUCCUUCGCGCAUUACCAUACCCGAUGUCAUGGCUGUGUUGGAUUUGGCGCCGCAUUUGAUCGUCGAACCUCUGGGCCAAGGACCAUUAGAGUGUUUGCUGGCACCAGAGUCUGCUCACGUACCAAGCUCGAGUGUCGAUGCUAAAGGUGUGUCUUGGGCUGAGGAAGAUGCCGUGGCCCAUUUUGCUCGUUCGUGUGCAACAAGCAAGCUCGCGGAGCACACCGUGCCACUCGCUGUGCCAGCAAACGCUGACUUUGAACAGGCGCAAUUAUUCCGGCAGCAGCAGCAGCGAGACGCUGUUCGAAAUCAAGUCAUUAUUGAUCAGUUGGCUCCUCUGCGCUUGCUCGAUCGACGCACAUUAAGUGAGUCACUGGCUCCAAAAAGCAAGGACAAGCCCCCCUUCACAACGCCCUUGUCAACUGCAUUGGAACAGCAUUAUCUUGCCGGACAACAUCAUCAUCACCAGCAUCUGCACCGUAUGCAUCGGCACAAAGACGAGCUAUUUGAUGUCAUUGACCCCGUGGCUCUUUUUCAUAAUAAAUGUGAAUAG